UAUGUAUAUGUAUAUAACUGUUAUUUAUAUGUAACCUGGAAAUAUUACAGAUUUAUGAAAUCUAAAACAUGCGGGCGAAACGAGAAAUUCUUGUCUUAUUCUGGCUUCUUUCAUCUUAUUAUUAUCUGAUAAAAAGAAGGAGACCGUAUAAAAGAUGGAUUAAUAGAAGAUGGCAUACAAGACCAAUUAAUAAAUUAAGGCACCAAUUUGGUCAUUACAACACUCUUUUCCAGGAAUUAAAAAAGGAUGAGAGCAUGUUCUUUAAAUAUGUAAGAAUGUCUAAUGCAAGUUUUGAAAAACUGCUACAACAAUUGCAACCUCACCUCAUAAAACGAAGUCAUAGAGCAUUGCCUCCAGAUCAGAGAUUACUAAUCGGGUUAAGGUUUCUUGGAACUGGAGACCAAACAACAUCUAUUGCUUUAGAUUUUCGAGUAGGAGAAUCUACAGUCAGAAUGUUAUAUAAAGAAAUAUGCUCUAUUAUAAUGAGAAUUUUGCCGUCAAUGUAUCUCUCUCCACCAACAGAACAGCAAUGGAUCCAUAUUGCCAAUAAUUAUUGGAAAAGAGGGCAUAUGCCAAAUUGUUUUGGAGCAAUCGAUGGCAAGCACAUCAUAUUGAAAUGUUCGCCUAAUUCUGGAAGUUCUUAUUACAAUUACAAAAAACAACAUAGUAUAAUAUUAAUGGCUGUGGCCGAUUAUAGAUAUAAGUUCACAUUAGUUGAUAUAGGAGCUUACGGGGGAAAUAGUGAUGGAGGCAUUUUUGCAGACUCUGAAAUAGGAGAAAGAUUGAGAAAUAAUAAUCUUAACUUACCAAAUGGUACGGCUGCAUUGCCUGGCUGUGAUAUAGCAAUACCUGGAUUUUCACGAUGCCUUCCAACUUUCAAAUAGAAUAAUGAAGCCAUAUUCUGGCAAACAAUUAUCGGAUAAACAAAAAAUCUUUAAUUACAGAAUUUCAAGAGCUAGACAAACAAUAGAAAGUGCUUUUGGAAUAUAUAGUAAUAAAUGGAAUAUAUUUCAUAAA